AGAAAUUUGGUGCAGAACGCAGAACGCGGCCGCGAUGCCACAGCUCCUAGCCGUCCUGGCGCUCGUCAGUGGCGCGCAUGCGGCGUCAUCCCAGAGCCUGCCUUGGCGCUAUGGCGCCUUUAUUGACGGAGGCAGUGAGGGUUCCCGGAUCUACGUGAUGCGCUGGAAGCCUUCCUUGGAUCCGGAAGGUGAGAUCAUUUGCCCGGAGAUCAUUGGCGACAAGAGCACAGCCCCAGGCGUGGCCUCUUUCGCACUCAAUCACACUGGUGCCGGGGCAUCCCUGGAGCCGCUGGUGGAGUACACCAAGAAGCUGAUGCACUCGGAGAGGGGCCAAUGGGCGCACAUGCCCUUGUAUUUGCGGGCUACGGCUGGCAUGCGCCUGUUGUUCCCGGAGCAGCGCGAGAGCAUCCUGGACAACAUCCGCACCUACUUCCGCACGCUGCCCUUCCUGUUCCGUGACGACAUGGCAUCUGUGGCCACUGGAGAGGAGGAGGGCGUCUUUGGCUGGAUCUCUGCGAAUUACCUCAUGGGCAACCUGCGGCCGGACAAAGUCCCCAAUGCGAGCUCUACCAUAGGCUCCCUGGACCUCGGCGGCGCUUCUGCCCAGAUCGUGUUCAUCCCCCAGAAGUCCAUCAUUCAACAUGCAUUCCCCCUGCGGCUGGGACCUCACCAGCUGCAGGUGUACUCGUACUCCUUUCUGCGCUUUGGCAUUCGGGAGGCAGCCCACCAUGCGGCCAUGCUGGUGAUAUCGGAUGCGCUGAUGUCCGUGCAGUCUGAGAAUUCCAUCAAGCAUCCCUGCUUUUCAAAGGGGUAUGUCUACAUUCCCAAGUUCUCCUACAGCGACCAGAGCUUCGCGCCCAUUCAGGUCUCCAUGAAGGGCACCAGCGAUUUCGAGGGCUGCGAAGCCCUGGUGAAGCGGAUCUUCGACAAGAACGCGCCGUGCCUCAUUGAGCAGUGCUCUUUCUACGGGGUCUAUCAGCCCAGAGUGCUUGAUGUGAAGUUUUUGGCGUUUUCUCAUUUCGCUGACAUCGCGGGAGAUCUCGGAGUUCCGGAGAAGGGGAGGCUGGAAGACCUGCUCGUCGCCGCGCGGUACGUGUGCUCUCUGAGCCGGGCGCAGCUGGACCUGCUCUUCAAGCGCGUCCAGGACGAGACAAUCAGAAUGCACCUCUGCUUCCACGCCACUUUUGCGGUGACUUUGCUUCACUCUGGUUAUGGUAUUGAGGAGAACGAUAUUUUAUUCAAGUCCAACCACAAUGGCCAGCCAAUCGAUUGGGCGGUGGGUGCCAUGAUGUAUGCCAUCAAUCAGGACAACAAAUUGUCACGGCCGCUGGUCAACGUGAGCACGGCCCAUGUUUUGGAUGUCUGACCGCGUGGCACCACCUGGUGCAGCCUUGCAGCUUAAGGCCAAGGCACGGCGUGCGUAGAUGUGUAUAGCUUCUUAAGUGUAGCAUGGUAGGCACAUUCGACGCUCUUAGACCUUCGGCCGGGCCGAUGGGAA